CAAAACCCCUAAUUCCAUCGAUUUCCCCAUCAAGUUAUUUCAUCCUGAAAACCCAAUUUGGAAUUCAUCACUUUAUCACAGGCUGAAUAAGUGUGUGAUCUUUAUAAGAUAUCUCUAUCAUUUUCGUAUACUUUCGUUAGUUGCUGAUAUGGAUGUUGUACCGGAAAGCAUCCUUCAGCCUUUAUUUGCUGCUGCAAAUUGCUCUACGUUAGAUAAAGCGUUGGAGAAACUUAUCGAAUUGGCUAGAACGACUGAUGGUCGGUCGGAUCUUGCUUCGAAUAAUAUGCUCAUUACAACCCUUCACCUCUGCCAAUCGUCUCCGUAUCCUUCUUGUAGUGACACUCUUUUAUUAGCUCUUAAGCUCGUCAGGAACUUAUGUGCAGGAGAACUGCGAAAUCAGGAUUCGUUUAUUGAACUAAACGGUGUUGAUAUUAUUUCAAAUAUAAUUGGUUCUAAAGUAGUGGUUAAUGAUUCAAAUUAUGGUAUCAUUCGAAUGGGGUUGCAAGUUUUGGCUAAUGUGUCGUUGGCUGGGGAGGAACAUCAAAUUGUCAUUUGGAAUCGUGUUUGUUCUUUAGAGUUUACUGAGAUUGCAAAGCUAAGAAGAAAAGAGAUUUGUGACCCUUUGUGUAUGAUUAUUUAUGCUUGUAUUGAAGAGAAUGACGAGUUGCUUGACCAGUUGUGUUCAGAUCAUGCUUUGCCUCUUUUAGUUGAAAUCAUCUGUACUGCUUCCGCUGUUAGGUUUGGUGAAAAUUGGCUGAAGUUGAUUCUUGCUAGAACCUGUGCUGAAAAAUCUUACUUCAGUGUUGUCUUCUCAAAGCUGCUGUAUGCUCCUAUUGACUGUACGUUCACACAAGAUCAAUCGUUUUUGUUGACCACACUAUCCGAGAUGAUAAACGAGCAAAUAGAACAUAUUACUGUUUCCAAGGUUUUUGCUUUUGAUGUUUUCAAGAUACUGAAAACUGCUUUGGGGGUUCUUAAUUGUGUGUCACGGCCAAAGUCAGGCCUUCCCACCGGUUCUACUGCCAUUGAUGUUAUUGGCUAUUCUCUAUGCAUAUUGAGAGAUAUCUGUGCAUUUGAUGGUCAUGCAGAUAUCAUCGAUUCAUUACUAUCCCUAGGGCUUAUCCAAAUGCUUUUAGAUCUUCUCCGUGACCUUGAACCUCCCUCAGUUAUUAGGAAAACACUGAAUCGUGGUGAGUCUCAAGAUUCUACAGCAUAUUCAGGCAAACUAUGCCCUUAUAAAGGAUUUCGUAGUGACAUUGUUGCAAUAAUUGGGAAUUGUGCUUACAAAAGGAGGCUUGUUCAAAAUGAAAUAAGAGAGAAAAACGGGAUUCUCUUAAUGUUGCAGCAAUGUGUCACGGAUGAUGAAAACCCAUUCUUGCGUGAAUGGGGUAUAUGGGGUGUGAGGAAUUUAUUGGAAGGGAAUUUAGAUAAUCAAAGAGUAGUUAGUGAGUUGGAAGUACAAGGAUCGGUGAAUUUACCAGAGCUGGCUGAGCUUGGGCUACGGGUAGAUGUGGAUCAGCAAACUCGACGUGCAAAGCUUGUAAACACUAGUGGUUGAAGGUCACUGGACUCAACAUGAUUGCAUCUUUGUUCAGGUCACUUGAGUACCAGUUUUAAUUGCGUGAAAAGUGUGAGACAAUUUAUACAAGGAAAUUUUGAUAUUCGUUCCAAUCAUUAAGAUCUAACAUAUUAAUUUAGUUAUGUAUAACGUGAUGAGAAACAAAGAUAUGAGGUUGUAUCCUAUUACUUGACACACGGCUUUUUGAGAUGAGACACUUAGAAAACAGAGAUUACAAAUAGCAAAUUUGGAACAGGUGGCUUUAUGAUUAGUUACCGAGUCAAGAAGGUGUUCAUAUGUACAGGUGACUGAUGCCACAAAUUUCUUGUGACGAGCGAAGUUGCUUGCACCUUUUCCAAGAUGCCAAGAACUUUCCAUCUGUCAAGGCCAAUUCUGGUGCACCAAUAGUUCGUGAUUUACGAGGGCUGUUUUAGAAGGUCUUGAUAUUGGUUUCUUGUGUAUUCUAUUAGGAUAAUCUCUUCAUUAGGUUACAUUUUGCGGUUUUCCUUUAUUAAAAGUAUGUGUUCCAUGCGUCAAAAUCGAAAUGGGUAUUGCGGUUGUCCUGAGUUUUGGAUUGUAUCACUAUAAAGCAUAUAAUAGUGAAUGGUUUACAUUUUUGUUC